AUGCCUCCCUCCGUCUCUUUCGCCGACACCCCAGCAUCGCCUCGAGCCGGCAUUCCGCUUCGCAAGAAAUUCAACUCUAAAGCCGGCCGUCGCUCGGCCCGUCCGGCCUCGAUAGAUCCCCUGUCCGACCGCGCCACCCAGGCGCUCAUCCGACGGACGCUAUGCCCUCAGCGGUCGGCCGACAAGGGCCGCGACUCUCAGAUGCCCAUCGACAAGCUCCUCCCUCCGCUAACGAGCCGAAAUGACGUCAACCUUCAGCUUUAUGCCUUCCUAGCCAUCAUUCUACGAGAGUUUGUCCAGAGCUGGUACAGCAAAGUCACGACAGAUGAGACCUUUGUCGGCGAGAUACUCCAUAUCAUUGCCCACUGUACUCAAACCUUGGAAGAGAGGUUUCGCAAGCUGGACCUCGAGAGUCUGGCUCUGAAUGAGAUACCAGAACUCCUCGAGAAGCAUGUGACGAGCAAGUUGACCGUUGUCUCGUCGGUGCAACCGCCACUCGAGCUUGAUUCCCGGGAGGCAUACCACGCCCUCUGGCCACUCCCUUUUCUCUCGCCAGUCCCUCAGCCAGGAGACAGCUUGAAGGCGGCUGAACAGCGCGAGAACGAGGCAAUAUACCGCCAGCUACUCGUCCAAGCCGUCCUCGCCGUCAUACUCCCCACCGCCGAGCUCGAAAACCCGUGCUUGACGGCCCUCGUGGGCCAAAUAUUUUCCGAGCUCAUCCUUGGUAAUGCGGUUGGAACCAAAGCAGUCCAGCCGUGGCUCCUCUAUGAGGGAAUAUGUAUCCUCGCACGCUUGCGAGAUGAAAAAAAGGUCACAUCGAAACAGGAAAGCACGCCCGUGACGGGCCAAACGAACCUCAAGAUUUCCACAAGGGGUCGUUGGUCUGCACGAGGAAUAUUCCCAGCAAUUGUUCAUCUGAUAUUCGUCUUUCUUUCCUCAAUUCGUCUAAUGGCUGCCACCAUUGCGAUGUCGACUUCUUUGCCACCAAGGACGACACCGUCGGAAGAAAUCGAGGACCCAAAUGGCCCUGCAUCAACGACGGCCGAUCAUGUCACAGCCACACAAAGCAAGGUGCCUGUGUUAGCCUCUCGUGCAUGGACCUUCCUCGCCAACCUGAUUGAGUUGAGUUCCAGAAUGCCCUGGCUCGCCGCCUGUUUCUCGCUGCUGCAGUUGGGAGCUGUCAACGGCCCUGGCCGGAUCGCCGCAUCAGACAGCAAGCUUGAUAGGUUUCUGUCACACCACAUCAGAUCCCUCUUUUCGCCCACCCUACUCCCCCCCACUCUUCGGACACUCCGAGGCGUUCUAUUUCCUAAUAACUCCCUGGGCUCGUCGUCCAUGCAACCUCCCUCAUCCGACGCCGAGCUGCGAGCUCUACGACGCAGGGCUGCUAGAGCGCUUUCGGACCUCCUACCAGGGGGGGUGGCUCGAGUGUACUUUUGUGGCCGCUUGACCGUCCGCCCAGGUGCCUCGGGAGAGGACAAUGAACAAAUUGUGGACCAGGUAGAGCAGUUAUUGAUGGUACUGGACGACGAGUAUUGUAACAAGCACUUGAUGUAUAGUGUGCUCGAGCUGGUGCUCGUGAGGCUGAUGCCAGAGUUGAGCGACAAGGGCGUUAUUGAGCUAUGGGAAGAGAGAGCUUAA